UGAGUGAAAUCUAAAAGUAAUAGCGUGGUUAUAACAACAAAAGAAGUUAGAUUGAAAAUGAUGUCAAUCGACGACGAAGCACGGCGGGCCAUGCAAGGACCUCCAACGACACAGUCGGAAUUCCUUGCUCGUUCGAUGCAGCAGAGCACCUCCGGUGGAUCGAAUCCCCGUCAGACUAGCAUGGCUUCUUCUGGUCCUCCAUCGGCUCAAUAUCGUGUGAGCCAGACACCAGAGGGGAUUGAUUUAGAAAGUUCCCGCAUUGCACCUGAAAUCCAGUCGAAAGAAGGGGCUGACGAAUCAACUGCAAGAAUGCGAUACUGGGUAAUCAUCUUCGGCCUCCUGAUCGUUAUCUGUGUGGGAGCUGCGGCGAUCGUCGUACCUCUCUAUGUCAAACCCCAGUACGAGUCUGACCCCAUCGUGAUUAUUCAGACAGGUGCACCUGCCCCUUCCGCUUCUGUUGUCCCGAACAGCUCUCCAACUCAAGCUCCGACGCCAAAAGAUGUUCCUACAUUACCACCAACUACAGCGGCAUUUGCAACGUUUGUGAAUCAAUUUGCAUUAGAAAUAUCGGGAUCUGAGGCCUUCGAAAAUCCCGAUUCACCUCAAUACAAAGCUGCUGAUUUCAUCGCGAAUGAUGCCGAAUACGCACCAAGGUUAAGCGACAAAGCGAUGUUGGGAGACUUAUACGCUGCCUCUGUAUUCUACUUUUCCACAGCUGGAGAGUACUGGUUUGAAUGUUCCCAAGGAUCUGACAAUUGUCCAGAUGGAAUUUCGUGGAUGAGUUCUAACGUCACAUAUUGCCACUGGAGUUGGAUUGGUUGUAACGAUGCUGGUCGAAUUGUGGAUAUAGUUUUUAGUAAGUACGACGUUUUGCUAAAAUAUUGGAAUACUGGAUUGCGAGAUCACAUCACUUGCUCCACGAAAAGUAAUUCGUUUCGUUCCUAAUUACACGGCAUCCUUUGGUUGUUGGUAAACGCUUUUCUUACAGGUGAAAACAAAGGCAACAAUCUCACGGGAACUCUCACCUCCGAACUAGGUCUUCUUACUGAGCUCGAACAAUUUGUUGCUGUGAAUGACGACAUCAAAGGAGCCUUGCCUGAUGAAUUGGGGAGUUUAACGCAUAUGACCCACCUUAUCCUUGCAAACAACUCAUUGAGUGGAAGGAUUUCUGACACUUUCUUAGAGAAUUCCCCCGUAGAAGUAUUUAUGCUCUCCGAUAAUAAGUUCAAAGGAAACAUCCCUAAGUCGUUGACGCUCAUGCCUUCAAUAUUGCAAAUUUUUCUCAGGAACAAUCGAUUCUCAGGACCUAUUCCCGAAGAACUUGGUGCACUUCCACAUUUGGCAACUCUUGAUUUGGCCGGGAAUCGCUUCGAAGGAGAAAUUCCAGAUUCGAUAUUUUCACCAACCAUGGAAAAUUUGUACCUAGGUGGUAACUCAGAAAUCACCGGUACCCUUUCUCCGGCUGUUGGAAGUGCUGCUAACCUAGUUCGACUUUACAUUUCAGGUACAAGAAUCUCGGGUAGUCUUCCCGAUGAUCUUUUCACACUUGGACAUUUGUCUGAGCUUGUAUUAUCCAACAACACACUGACUGGUGAAUUGCCUGAAUCCGUCGCUAACCUGGGAGGAACUCUUCGGUUAAUGAAGCUGGACGGAAACAAGUUCUCCGGUGACAUGCCCAGUGCAGCAAUCAAUAGCUUGGUCGUCAGUAAUGUACUGACGUUUGAUAGAAAUUCGUUUACAGGCGCAAUUUCUCCUACGACAUGUAGAAGAAGAGGAGAUGGUUAUCACGAUCUGCAAAUACUUUCAGUUGAUUGCGCAGAAGUGACAUGCAGUUGUUGCAACAACUGUGCGCUGUAAGUGACUUUUUCAAAUGGAUGAUUGUUUCAGUAAGGAAUUGGAAAGAAGAAAGCUCUGCUGCCGUUCAUGUAUAAAUGCAGUUUGUAUCACCAGCAACAUCAGUUGCUGGCUGGUUGCGUUGGACUGAGUUGUUAUUUCUUGAAAAAGAGAGCUAUGGAAUUUUUAGUCGGUACAGUAGUAUUACGUGGUAAAAAAAUAAUAGUUGAACUUUAAU